AUGUCCGAAAAGGGCAAAAUGAAUGGAGAGCAGUUCGGUGGAGCUGUCAGACUGCGAGAAGAACACGAAAAGGUGGUGAAAGACUGUGAAAGUCGCAUUGACCACUGGAAAAAAGUUUCUGGUGACUAUGAGGCUCUGAAUGACCGACUCAAAACUCUUCCAGACAAACUAGCCUAUGACAUCAUGGUGCCAUUCGGACCUUUAGCUUUCAUGCCGGGGAAACUGGUCCACACUAACGAGGUCACUGUGCUGCUCGGUGACAACUGGUUUGCUAAAUGCUCUGCAAAACAAGCGCAGAAGAUUGUCGAUCACCGGAUGAAACAUGUGAAGCAUGAACUCGAUGAACUAACAAAGACAGUGAAGAACUUUGAAGCCAGAGUCGGCUUUGCAAAGGAUUUGGAAACAAUGGCACUGAAUAAACGUGACUAUGUCGACAUCAGAGAAGACUUUGGGAAUAAUGAGGAAGGUGUUCAUAAAGGAAAACGCAGGAUAGCGCUUAAGCCUAAAUCUAAGCCUAAGUUGGGCCCAGUAAUAGAUCUGAAAGAGGAAGAUGAGGAGGAUGAAGGUGAGGCUCAUAAGAGUGUCCUGUCGGAGCAGGAGCUCUGGGCUCGGCUCGAUGAACUUGAGAAACUGGAGCAGUUGCAGGAUGAACAAGACAGAUUGUCGGACACCGCUGACACCAAUGGUGAAGACACAUCCUCGUCUUCCUCAGAGGAAGAGAAAGAUGGAGAUCCUGCUGCUUCUGUGAAUGCCCAGAGUCUGAAGCCCAGCUGGACGACGGAGCCUCCCAGAGAAGAACCAUCCUGCAAAGACACAAAAGAUGAUGAUGAAGAGGAGGAAGUCCACAGUUUGCCAACUAUCGCUUUCUCUCACACUGUUGAACCCAAAAAGGUAAGAAUAAAUACGGGGAAAAACACAACACUGAAGUACAGCGAACGUAAAGAACAAAAGGAUCAUUCAAAGAAGAAGAAAAAGAACGGACACAGUAACGGACACCUCCAUCCUGAGCAUUACAAGAUCACCACACCGGCCGACCUCUACAGGCUGUUUGUGGACGUGAAGAACGGCGAGCCUGUCCCCAGGAAGUCCAUCCUGAAGUCCCGCAGCCGAGAGAACAGCGUGUGCAGCGACACCAGCGAAAGCAGCGCCGCCGACUUCGAGGAGCGGAGGAUGAUGUCGCGCAGCUUCAGCCACGACGACAACACCACCCACAGCGACACCAGCGACGGCGUCACGGAGGAGGACAGCCCCGCCGCCGCACCAGCACACCAAGCCAGCCGCUUCGAGGCAUUUUCAGCCACAGUCAUCGAGAAGGACCCCAUGCCUACGACCGUGCCCCACCUGACCAUCGCUCACCCCGCUCUGCCCACCAUCCUGGAGAGGAAACAGGAGGAGGUGGGUCUGGAAACCUCCUCUACAGACUGUACGGCCCUCCCACCACCGCCGCCGCCACCGCAGCCACCGCAGCCCGCCGUCAAGAAGCUCUCCAAGUUCAAAGCUGCCCGGCUCCAACAAAUGUGA